AUGGAGUACGUCGUGAUCUUGCGCAAGGGCCAGGUCCUGAUGGAUAUGGCCACGGCGCCGCUGGCGGCGAUAGCCUCGGCCGCGGCGCCGAGCGUUGCGAAGGCGGUGGCGGAGAAGGCCGAGACUACGCUGGCGGGGAAGGAUGCGGGUGUGGCGGCCGCGAAGCAUAGCAAUGCGGUGGCCACGGACAACAUGGGGACAGAGACGGAGGAAGAAUCCAUGGUGGCCACAAACCAGAGCGGCGUGGAGACAACGACGGAGGAGAACGAACCUGAGGCGGGCGCGGGCUAG